AAUGCUGUGAGGGUUCUCUCGCUCUCCCUGAGUUCCGGGGGAGGCCGCCACUGGCGUGUGAGGAGAGAGCCCCCGAACCCAGGCUGGCUAUGAAGAGUGACUCCUCGGCCUCCGCAGCCCCCCUCAGGGGCCUCGUGGGGCCCCUGCGGAGCAGCGAGCCGGUGCGCGUCACCCCAACCCCGUCGGCUGCCGUGGUUCUGCUGGAGGAGGCGUCCGAUCUCUUGAUAGUGCACCUGGACUUCCCUGGGGCGCUGCAGACCUGCGAACGCGCCUGGCAGAGUCUGGACAAGGACGGCCAGGCAGAGGAGCCCGCGGGCACCUCCUUGGAGGUGAAAUGCUCCCUGUGUGUUGUGGGCAUCCAGGCCCUGGCUGAAAUGGAUCGGUGGCAGGAAGUCCUGCCCUGGGUUCUUCGCUAUUAUCAGAUCCCUGAAAAGUUACCCCCCAAAGUCCUGGAGCUGUGUAUUCUUUUGUACAGCAAAAUGCAAGAGCCCGGAGCCAUCCUGGAUGCGGCCAGAGCCUGGUUCCGAGACCCGGCCAGUCAAGGCCUUCCAGAGUACAGAGCCUUGGUAGAACUUCACCUGCACCGGGUGCUUCUGCCUCUGGGCUGCUUGUCGGAGGCUGAGGAGCUAGUGGUGAGCUCUGCAAUCCUCAGCGAGGAGCAGCGGCUGGAUGCACUCCAGGCCAUUAGUACAGCAAAGCAGCAGCAGAACCAGCAGCUCUCCCACUCCGAGGAGGCCCAGAAGCAAAACCAGGCCCAGAAGCGAAACCAGGAAGAUUCCUUCUCCCACAAGUUCUUGUCACUGCUGGUGCUGCUUCGCCGACUCUGGGACUCCGCAGUGAGCCACUUCUUCUCCCUGCCCUUCAGAAAGAGCCUCCUGGCUGCCCUGAUUCUCUGCCUCUUGGUGGUGAGGUUUGAUCCAGCUUCUCCGUCUUCGCUGCCCUUCCUCUACAAGCUGGCCCAGCUCUUCCGCCGGAUCCGGGAGGCCAUGUUUUCUCCCUUCUACCGGCUCCCCACCCACGACUGAGCCUUCUCCUUGCACCUCAACCUGUCACACCUGCGAUCACCGAGCAAAGUGCUCAUCGUGGGACCUUGUUUCCCGUGGUGGACUCCGCCUCUCCAGGGGCGCAGCCAACCUAAUUCUAGCAAGAGCCAGGAGACCCACACGGCUGCUCUCCCUAGGCCGCGGCACCUUGGUGGCCUCCGUGGGUGACGUGGGAACAGUGGGCCGGAGGGCACAAGUCCUCUCCGACAGUCCCCUUCUACCCAGAAGCCGCUCUUAAAGGGGGAAUCUGGGACUGAGAGAGUGUCCCUCUGCCUUCUUGGCAAAGGCGAACAAUGGAUUUUUCAAGUUCAGGUGUUAGUGAAGAGAAAGUUCAGAAAAACCCUGAUGGAACUAGUGACCCUUGGCCUUUCACUUCACUGAAAAACCUGCCUCUGAAAAUCGCCGCAGACGGCUUAAUUAGACAAAAAGAUCUGAGAGGGCCUCUUCUUUUCAUCUGUGUCCCUCCCACAGGAGAAAAACCACCAUCCCCUGGGUUUUCCAACAGCCCAAAGCUGCUCGGGCCUCCGUGUUCACUCCCGGGAGCGGCUUUCAGAACCAACCAGCUGCCUCUUAGCAAAAAAGCAAAGUGAGACUGCCCAGCUCUUCCCACUGGGUAAAUGAUCCUGCUGGUGCCUCUUGGGCUUCAGCUCAGUUUUCCAGGUUGUCAGAGGCCAAGUCCUGCUCUGUUACCCUCAGUACCUGCCCUCUCCUCCCCUAGGGCCGCCCCUCCCCGGCCUGCAGUGGUAUUUUUAUACUUUGUCCUGUGGCCAUCCACCAGGUUCUCGCAGUGACCUUGCCUCCUCGCUCUGCCUCGCUCUGCCUGUGCCCCCUUUCUAUGUCCUGUUCUUCUCGUUCUAUCCCAUGGUUUGUAUAAUGCACAAGUUUUUCUGCUCAUGUGGCCGUGAAAAGUAGGCCAGCCUCGGAGGCAGAUGAGCUGAAAAUGGAACUGGGUAAUCAGGUGAGCUGGAAAUGACAUGCUGGGAGCUGGCAGGGGAGACAGGGCUUAGAAGACAGCACCAGCCUUAUCCACUGUCCAGCGCAGGAGGCAGGGGGACGUAGUGUUUGAGUAACGGCAAUGUUUUGGUCACUGGCCACGAGUCUUACAUGGGCAAAGCCCUGCGGUGGGAGGGCCGGAGGAGGUUUCUGGACUGAAGGCCAAGCAGCCCGCCCCUGCUCCCCGCUGGGCCUCGGUCACUGCUGUGCCAAGAACGCGGGAGCUGUUUGCUUUUCCUUGGCUGGUUCUGGAGGGGCAAGUCAACAACUCUGCUUAGUAAAGUGGGCCAAGUAAGGAAGUUUCCAGGCCCUUCUGAGGUUAAGCUCCUGGGGUGUGAUCUAACUCUGGGGAGCAAUCUGUGCUUUUAUAUACAGGCUUUUAAACAGAGUUGAGAAUCCUGGGAGAGAAAGCAGCUGUCAGUUCUCUGCUUUAAAACGAUUUCUUAAAAUGAAAAUGUAGGCCUAUUCACUAGCCUAGGUAAAGCUCUUUAUGGCUUCCCAUGACCCACAGGAUAAAAUCCAGGUUCUUCAUGGAAUUUAAGGUCCCUGUGCGCUGCUUUUGGCUAACACCUCCAUGUCCACGUGGGGACCCAUCUCCUCAUGCGCCCUGCCGCCCGCCGCCCGCCGUCACGGCCUCCUGCCGCCCGCAUGCACCCUCACGCCACGUGCCUUUCCCACCUGCUCCUUGGCCUGGUGAGCUCAACUAGCAGGCUUAUUCCAGGUCAUCUCUGGGCUCCUUCCAUUAUGUCACCUACUUCCAGGCCCCUCUAUACAUCCCUUCUGGGGCAGUGACCCGUGGCCUUAUAAUUGUGAAAGUCUGUAUUGCCUCCUGUGAGCUUGUGAAGCCGGGAACUUGUGGCUUGUUGCAGCGUCAGGAGCCAGGCUGGAGCUUGCCCCACCUGCGCGCACGAGGCAUGACCUGGAAAGCGAUCUAACCUGUUCCAGUCUCAGCAUUCUCACCCCAAAGUCAGGCCUCACCUCACAGGGACUUCUGAGUAAAGGAGAUUCUGCUUAGGUGUUCAGCUUCUUAUCCUGCCUGCGGUCAGAGCGGCCAGGAGGGGUAGCCGUAUCCCUGGAGUGCAGCCGGGAGCCUGGGAGUUAGGUGUUCAGGGGCAUCUAAAUAAUUGGACUGAUAGAACUGACAGCACGUUGGUGACUGUGUGGGCUUCGAAUUCUGAAAACCCUGAGUAGAAUGAAGACCUCAUUCCACAUAGCUUUUUUUCUCGUCUCCCCUGAAGCUCCCCUGUGGUAUUCUGCUGGCAGCUUCUGGGGUUUCUGCUUUGUGUUUGCCUUGAACUCUGCAGCACUGUCUGCUAACCAGCCUUCCUCAUCAGACAGGCUACUUAGAGCCAAAACUGCUUUGACAACUUUAACCUCUGUAAGGAUGCAGGUACUCGUAUCAGUCUUCAGUUCUGGGCUUAAGAGGUCAGAAGCCCAGGAAGGGCUUUUUUGUUAGACUUACAGAGUCCAGGAUGGGAGCCAUUAGGCACCUGUGGCUUUUCAGCUCCAGGACCAUGACGGGUCCAAGCCAAGGUGUUCUGCAAAUGUAAAGUGUACUCUGGAUUUCAAAGAUGCAGUACCAAAAAAGGAGAAAAUGGAAAUUCAGUAAUUUUUAUAUUAAUUGCAUGUGGAAAUGAUAGUUUUUGGAUAUAAUGGGUUAAAUAAAGUCUGUUAUUAAAAUUA